CUCCCUAAGUGGUCUCUGGGGCUCGGUCUCCCCUCAGAGCACUUGAGCCGGAAUGGGCAGAAGUGCCCGGGAUGAGGAAGAGGCCUCUCUACCCCACUGGGUGCCUCUUUCGCUCGCUGCACCUUGCAGAUUGUAACCAUGAAGUUCAACCCUUUCGUGACCGCGGACCGCAGCAAAAAUCGCACACGCCACUUCAGUUCCCCUUUGCACGUGCGCCGAAAGAUCGUGUCUCCCCCUCAUUCCAAGGACCUGCCGCAGAAGUGCAACGUCCACUCCAUGCCCAUCCGCAAGGACGAUGAGGCCCAGGUGGUGUGAGGACACUACAGAGGUCAGCAAAUUGGCAAGGUCGUUCCGGUGUACAGAAAGAAAUACGUCGUCUACCUCAAGCGCGAGCAGCAUGAGAAAGCUAAUGGCACGACUGUCCGUGUGGGCGUUCGCCCCAGCAAGGUGGUUAUCACCAGGCUAAAACUUGACAAAGACAGAAAAAAGAUUCUUGGACGCAAAGCCAAGUCUCGACAAGCUGGAAAAGAGAAAGGCAAACACAAAGAAGAGCUCAUUGAGAAAAUGCAGGAAUGAAUACAACCUGUCGUGCAGUCACGGUUUACCUGGAGAUGGCUGGCCCACCCUGUGCUUCUCUACAACUUUUCACGAUGUCUCUGGAAUGUUUCAUUGCCUCCUUGUUUGGUUGUUGAUACAUGACUCUGUCAAUCUAGUUUUGUAAGUUUUGAUUAAUAAUUUUAUGAAUAAAAUUGGAGCUAUUUUCCAAC